CUCCACCCACCCAUAAGGAGGGUCUAAAGACAGCACCAAAAGUUGAAAAUUAAAAAAUCCUGUCUGUACCAAGCCGCUCACCUCUGGCAAAUAAAUUAAGUGUGAAAUUGGAUGAAAAUUCAAACUUUUGAACUAUUGUUUUCUCUGUACCUAUCGCAUUUCUCUUCAUACACCAAAUAAAUAUUCCUCAAUUCCAUCCAUUAUCUUCUCAUUUGAUCUUCAUCUUUUAUUUCAUAGUUCUUACUUCAAUUUCUCCAUGAACAACAACCUAUUACAUCCUUUCUCAUCUCUUUGCAUCUAUGUUCUUCUCUUUUUCUUUACCUCUACUACCUUUGCUUCUACCAGCAAUGAGACUGACCUCAAAGCCUUACUUCAAUUCAAAGCCAAAAUAACUCGAGACCCAUUUCAGGUUUUAAGCUCAUGGAAUCAUACAAUCCAUUUCUGUCAAUGGCAAGGCAUAACCUGUGGUCGGUCACACCGGCGAGUCAUGGAAUUAAACCUGCAGUCCUUGGCACUUGAUGGCUCUAUAUCACCUUACAUUCGCAACUUGACCUUCUUGAAGAUACUGAAUUUAAACAACAACAGCUUCAUCUAUCAAAUCCCGGAGCAGAUUGGUCACUUAAGAAGACUGGAAGAACUCAGACUGACUAACAAUUCGAUGAGUGGAAAAAUGCCAAGUAAUAUAUCAAGUUGUUCAAAUCUCAUUGUUAUAAGUUUACGUAAUAAUAAGUUGAAAGGAGAUAUUCCUGAAAAAUUGGGUUCGUUAUCGAAACUUCAAGUUCUUUACUUAUUUGAAAACAAUCUAUCAGGAACUAUCCCUUAUUCACUUGGAAAUUUGUCACAGCUUCUGCUACUCUCCUUAGCUUUCAAUGGCUUGGCAGGAACUGUACCUUACUGUUUAGGCUAGUUAACCAAUCUUCAGUUCUUGAGUCUUUAUUCAAAUAGGCUUUCAGGUAUCGUUCCUUCAUCAAUCUUUAAUCUUUCCUCCAUAACAGACUUUGAGAUAGGAGAGAAUCAUCUCCAUGGAAAUCUUCCUUCAGAAUUAGGCUCUUCACUUCCUAAGAUUAGAUUUUUUGCUAUUAAUUUUAAUGAGUUCACUGGACAAAUCCCUUCUUCUUUUUCUAAUGCCACUAAUUUGCAGAUACUUUCUUUGCUAGAAAACAAGCUUACUGGACAAGUUCCUUCUCUGGCAAAGUUGAAUAAACUUCGUGCUUUUAUUGUUACUUUAAACUAUCUGGGAAAUGGGGAUUCUGACGACUUGAGUUUCCUUUUCUCUCUUCUCAAUGCCACUGUGCUAGAAAAAUUGCUUAUUAAUGGCAAUAACUUUGGAGGAACGAUACCUGAAACCAUUGGCAAUCUUUCAACUAGUUUGGUGAGAUUUUUCCUCGAUAACAAUCAAAUAAUUGGAAACAUUCCAUCUGACGUAGGCAAUCUUGUAAGCCUGCAGGAUUUUGAGGUGUGGAAUAACAAACUUUCAGGUUUUAUUCCUGAUGGUAUUGGAAAGCUUCGAAAUCUAGUUGUAUUUGCUUUGAACAAUAACAUGUUUUCAGGAGAAAUUCCAUCCUCCAUCGGAAACUUAACGAAUUUAAUUCAAUUCGUUGCUUUUGAAAACAACCUUUCAGGUAGUAUUCCAUCAAAUAUUGGCAAAUGUGAAAACUUGCUUGGAUUAGAUCUUUCUCAAAACAAAUUAAGUGGUUCCAUACCUUCACAAGUCCUAAAUCUCUCUUCAUUGUCUAUUUAUCUUGAUUUAUCUCAAAAUAACUUUACUGUUGGAAACCUGAAAAACCUUGGUGAAUUUGAUGUUUCCGAGAAUAAAUUAUCUGGUGAGAUUCCUAGUAGUCUUGGUAAUUGUAUAAGCAUGGAAACACUUGACUUGAGUGGAAACAAUUUCCAAGGGUCAAUACCUGCAGCUUUGAGUUCAUUAAAGGCUCUUCAAGCUUUGGAUUUAUCUAAAAAUAAUUUAUCAGGUGAAAUUCCAGAAUUUCUGUCACAUUGGAGAAUUUUGCAAUAUUUGAAUCUCUCCUACAACAAUUUUGAGGGCAUGGUGCCUACUAAAGGCAUUUUUGAGAAUGCAAGUGCUACUUCAGUUGAAGGAAAUAAUAUGCUUUGUGGAGGCAUACCUAAGUUUCAUUUUGAGAAUGCAAAGUGCUUAUUCAGUUUGAAGGAAAUAUAUGCUUGUGGAGUAUGCUGUGACUUUGCGUUGAUUGGUAUGGGAAAUUUUGGUUCUGUUUAUAAGGGAACACUUGAUGGUGGAGCAACCUUAAUUGCUGUCAAGGUGUUUAACCUUAUGCGACGCGGAGCUUUCAAGAGUUUUCUUGCUGAAUGUGAAGCCUUAAGAAGUAUUAGACACAGGAAUCUUGUUAAAGUACUAACUGCUUGUUCAAGUGUAGAUCACCAUGGAAAUGAUUUUAAGGCUUUGGUUUAUGAGUUUAUGGUUAAUGGAAGCCUAGAUGACUGGUUACAUCCAACUGUAAGCACAAAUGAAGAAAAUGAGGCAACAAAGAAAUUGAACAUUCUUCAAAGACUAAAUAUUGCUAUCGAUGUUGCUUCUGCUCUUGAUUAUCUCCACAAUAAUUGCGAAACACCAAUUGUUCAUCGUGAUUUAAAACCGAGCAAUGUUCUUCUUGACAAUGAACUGACAGGACAUGUUAGUGAUUUCGGGCUCGCUAGAUUCCUUCCUGUCGAAGCAAUCUAUCACAAUAGUGAAUCAAGUUCUACUGGAGUAAGAGGAACAGUUGGGUAUGCUCCUCCAGAAUAUGGAAUGGGUAAUGAGGUAUCCACAUACGGUGAUGUGUACAGUUAUGGAAUUCUCUUAUUGGAAAUGUUCACAGGAAAGAGGCCUACCGAUGAAAUCUUUAACGGAUCUUUUAAUCUUCAUAACUUUGUCAAGGUUGCUUUGCCUAAUAAUGUGGUGGAGCUGGUGGAUCCAGUUCUUGUUUCAGAAAAAGGUGAAGCAAUUCGUAAUGUAUCAGUAGAGUGCUUGAUUUCAAUAUUUCAAAUUGGAGUCGAUUGUUCUAUUGCAUCACCAAGUGAAAGAAUGAGCAUUCCUGAUGUCAUACGACAGCUCGCUUCAAUCAAAGACAAACUUGUUGGAAAUGAAGUGCAUAAUGCAAGAACAAGUUCAAUUUCUAUUGAAUCAGCAGAAAUAUCAUUUGAAUAGUUCACUUCCUAUUAAAAAAAUAUUUUUUUUCUUUUAUUUUAAUUUAAUGAUUUGUCAUCAGCUGGGUAGCUCUACCCAUCGCAUUUCUUUUACAAGUUUUUAAACAUUGUGUCUCUGUGUAUAUUGUUUGUUCUUUUAUGAUUUCAAUUUAUUUAUGCUUCCUUCAUCAUGUUUA